GCACCUCCCGGCCGCCCUUAAAACCAGUGCUCCCAGUGCACCCAGUGCUCCCCGUGCUCCCCAGCAGCACCCAUGGGUGCUCCCAGGCCCCUCGGCAUCCUGCUCUGUCUGCUCGCCCUGCUGGGGCCCGGCCGGCUCGGCACCAGCGCCCGCAGCCUGCCCGCCACCAUCCCCACCACUGUCCCGGCCACCACCCCCACCAGUGUCCCCACCUCCGUCCCCGUCACCGUCCCCGUCACCGUCCCCGCCACCACCCCGGGGCCACCGCUGGAGGAAGACGAGGAGGAUGAUGAAGAGGAGGAGGAGGAGGCCGAAGGCCGCGUGAUGGAGGCCCUGGGGCGCCUGGCGGCGGCCCUACAGAGCCCCCGGCGCCGCGGGGGGGCCUUCCCCGAACCCCUCCUGGAGCUGGUCCCCGAGCUCCGCGACCUCCUGGCCCCCGCCCCCAGCCCCGCCUGAGCCCCCCCCCGGCCCGGGGAGGGGGCAAUUUUUUG